AUGCGUGGACGUCACUGUGACCCCGGUGGACGUCACUGUGACCCCGGUGGACGUCACUGUGACCCCGGUGGAAGUCACUGUGACCCCGGUGGAAGUCACUGUGACCCCGGUGGAAGUCACUGUGACCCCGGUGGAAGUCACUGUGACCCCGGUGGAAGUCACUGUGACCCCGGUGGAAGUCACUGUGACCUCGGUGGAAGUCACUGUGACCCAAGUGGAAGUCACUGUGACCCUGGUGGAAGUCACUGUGACCUCGGUGGAAGUCACUGUGACCUAAGUGGAAGUCACUGUGACCCCGGUGGAAGUCACUGUGACCCCGGUGGAAGUCACUGUGACCUCGGUGGAAGUCACUGUGACCCAAGUGGAAGUCACUGUGACCCUGGUGGAAGUCACUGUGACCUCGGUGGAAGUCACUGUGACCUAGAUGGAAGUCACUGUGACCUAGGUGGAAGUCACUGUGACCUAGGUGCAAGUCACUGUGACCUAGGUGCAAGUCACUGUGACCUAGGUGCAAGUCAUUGUGACACUGAUGGAAGUCAGAUUGACCCCAGUGGAAGUUACUGUGACCCCAGUAAAAAUCAAUGUGACCCAGGUGGCACUCACUAUGACCCAAGUGGCACUCACAAUGAUCCAGGUGAGAUGUUCAUGAACAAGAGGUGA